AUGGAUAUAUCCUACCUUGGCGUCACAAGCGACCGGGUCGCAACCACCACCAGCACCACCACCACCACUACCCCCAAUCACAGCCCCAAUAUUAAUCCCACCCACAUCUCCAUUCCCAAUCCCACUUGGACCACCCAGAUAGCCGUAGCCGUGGCCCGGGUGACCCCCACCCCACUUUUCAGGAGCAUCUUCUCCGGGGAGUGCAGUGACCAAAGCACAGCACAAAACGGUAAGAAGAGCGAAACGCAUUUUCGCAAACUCGUUUGCUUGCACGAUUAA